UCUCCAUUCUCUUCUCCUUUGUCUUUUUUUUAAGUUACACCUGCUUUCUCAACUUCUAUCACAGCCUGAUUAAGGAGAUCAUUCACAGGCUCAGACGCGUGGCGCCGAGUCAAACCGAGAGGGUCCCUCUCGCCACUUUCAUAUGCAGAUCUUCGGACGGGGAGAGUAUGUGGAGAUUUACGGCAGCUUUGCCCUUCUUUCUCUCGUAGUCUCUGGUCUCUCCUUUUCUGCAGACUCCCAAAGUAAACUUUUAUCUGUGAUGUCACAGGCUGCGCACACCCACCCAGAGAGACUUAAAAGUCGGUGUCAGCCUCGGCUUGUUUAAGCACGCUAUCAUAGUGCAGCGCAUUAUCAGAAAGCAACGACGGCCUUCUCCACCUCAGGGGCCUCCCCUCCAUAAUUGCUCCAGGUUCUCUCCAAACCGGCUGAGCUUCUUUUCUGCUAAGGUUUAAAAAGGUUUCCAGACAAAUAGCAGCAAACAGAAUCGAGCAGGAUGAAGACAGACGAGGAGCCUCAGACAUCACAGAGCCACUUGGAGAUUCCUGAGACCCCGAAGGAGAGUCCAGAAGAGGAAUGUCCAGAGACGUGGGGAUCAAGUCAGGCCUGGGAGAACAUCUGGGCACCCAGCGGAGGGAGACUGUUUUCUGGGCUGCUCGCCAUCAAUGUGGUCUUCCUUGGUUACCGCCUUGAUCACCAGCGUGGCGUUCAAUCGUAACAUGUUCAAGAACGAGGAGGCACGGAUCUACAUGAUUCUGCUCAUGAUAAUCAGCAUGCUCUGGAUGAUCUGGUAUUUGGUCAGGGCCCCGCUACCACCCAGAGGUAACGCCGCACAUAGACCUCCAUGCAGGCUCCUUGGGAGUUAAAGGAGCACUGCUGGUGUUUACGGCCUUCAGCCUGAUGUUCUAUUUCUUCAAGGUGGGCUAUAACUUCAUGAAGGUCAAGUGCAAGCAUCCUGUGAAGUUUGCCUUCCCGUUGGUGGAGGUUCCAUUUGUUGCUGUGCAGACAUUUUUUUUAUGGAGUCAUUCCAGGGACUGCACACAAGUACGGAAAAAUUUCACCAGGUCUGGACUCUUGAUGGCACUCGCUACCAAUGUGCUGCUUUGGCUGUCAGCGGUGAUGGAUGACACUAUCCAUCUGGAAAUUGAAGAAGAGAAGGCAGAACGGCUGAGAUUGGCCAACAGUACAAGCAUUCUGCUGGAGCACGAGGGAAAGGAAAACAAAUCGCACUGCCCGUGCGGCCCAUCAGCAGCAUGUAGCUCCUUUAAAAGGGGCUACAAACUUCUAUACCCCUUCAAAAUCGAGUACUGCCUAACGGCAGCCUGCAUACUGUACGUCAUGUGGAAAAAUGUCGGUCGACGCAUCAACCCUUUACACCAUCACUGCCCGCCACCCUUUGCGAAGCUCAAACAGGAGAUCAAGAGAGUAAUUAUGGGACCCUUGCUGGGAGCAGUGGUCUUGUUGACUGGACUGAGCAUUUUCGUUUUUUACCAGAUGCAAGUUAGCACUGAAGAUGGGCGCGAUCUGGCCUUCCUGCUUUUCUAUGGCUACCACUUAGUCGUCCUCCCCAUCAUGUCACUCUGCUGUCUGGUAGGAACUAUUAUCCACAAGGUGGGAGAGGGGCAGGUGGACACCAGCCACAAUCCAUCCCGCAGCUUGGAUGUCAUGCUCCUCAUAGCCGCUGCUGUGGGCCAGCUGUCCAUCUGUUAUUUUUCUCUGGUGGCAGCUCUGGCUGUGGACGUCAGCAGUCCGCUGUAUGGCCUGGACCUUUCAUAUUCACUGCUUUGCCUGAUUGAGCUGCUGUUUCAGAAUGUCUUUAUCAUUGAGGGUCUCCACCGAGUGCCCAAGCCUGGGACUUCGCCAAAAGCAACCAGCCGCAGAGCAGCAAAUGGCACGAAUGGUGAGGACAGCUCCUUCAGGGAAGAGGGUACACAGGGCAACAUGGAAGCCGGCUUCGAGCUGUUACCUACCAAACACCUGCCUGAGGAAAAGUCAAGGCCAGAACGCACUGCUGAUGGCCAUCAUGACGAUAAGCUGACUUGGAGGAGAAAGAUUCUGAAGGAAAUUGCUGCUUUCCUUAUUUUGGCAAAUAUAAUGCUCUGGGUCAUCCCUGCUUUUGGUGUGCACCCCCAACUUGAGGAUGGCCUGGGCAAGCAGUUCUUUGGAUUCUCGGUUUGGUUCGUGAUUCUCAACCUUGCCCUGCCGCUGAGCGUCUUCUACAGGAUGCACUCAGUUGGUGGGCUGCUGGAGGUGCUCUUUGUUGUCUAAAGGGUGGCAGCUGGGCCACGUGGAUUUUUGUAACCCAGUUCAGAUCUCCCACUAAAACUACAGAGAGAGAGGGUGUCACUUUAGGGGGUCUGUCAAGAUGGCAAAGACGUUUCACCACCUACAGCCCCCACCAGGAAAACAAACAGACAGAUGGACAGAAAAGCACCUCCCUGGCAUGACACUCACCAAAAUGGGUGCCAUCUUCAAGGUAAACACAAUGAAGAAAACUUUGGAAUUGUCUGGAAUGGCCAGUUCUAGAAAUGAACUUCAAAGAAGAAAUGGACAGCAUGCUGCCAGUAUGGACACUCGGGUAUAAGGAGCCAAGUGGGCAUUUGAUGUGUGAUUAUUUUACUCAGUUGUCUUCUUUCACUUUAAGUCAUUAUUAAAAGUUUCUUCAUCUCUUA